AUGGGUUCACCAUUAUUGCAAGCUUUCAUAUUUCUUGUCGUAAUUGUUGAAUCUCCGGCGACGGCGAAUCUUAUUAUUGAUGAGGUUUAUAGUAGAGAGGAGCUUGUGAAAAUGGCUGGCUAUGGUGAAGACAAGAUCUCCACCGUUCAGAUUGAAGGUAAAGUUGUUUGCCAGACUUGCACCGACGACGGCGAUGAAAGCUCCAGAAGUGGAAGAAGAGCAUCAUAUUCAUGGGUAAAAGGCAGCACACAUGAACACGGAGGCUUCCUCAUAGAUCUCCCUUCUCAUCUUCAUGCAAUCCCAAAUCUGGAAAAUACAUGCCUAGUCAGGGUUCUUCAUCUCCCAAAGGCCUCAAUUUGCACCCAACACUACUACUACUCCAGGGCACCAAAACACAAAGGAAUUCAACUGAUUGGAGUUCAAGAAGGCACCCGCAGUUACACAACCCACACCAUACACCUUACACCUAAAUCUUGUUAGGAUCAAGUUCUUCCCACUCAGGCCAAAAAGAGGCACGGUCUUUAUCGACCUCCGCCUAACAAUUUUCCCUCCCAACACCAACCAGUUGUAACCUGUAACUUGCUCUGGCACCAUCUCUAUUAUGUAUGCUUUAUAUAUACUUGAGGAUGAUAGGUGUUGGACAAAACGGAGGAGAGCAGCAGAGUGACUCGCACAUAAUGCGGAGUAGGGCGGGA